AUGGAGGCUUCACGAGGACCCCCACGGGUCAAGAACAAGGCGCCGGCGCCGAUCCAGAUCUCUGCGGAGCAACUGCUGCGUGAGGCCGUCGACCGACAAGAGCCUGGUCUGCAGGCCCCGACACAGCGGUUCGCCGAUCUCGAGGAACUUCAUGAAUUUCAAGGCCGGAAGCGCAAAGAGUUCGAAGACUAUGUGCGGCGAAACCGCAUUAAUAUGAACAAUUGGAUGCGCUAUGCUGCCUGGGAACUGGAACAAAAGGAAUUCCGCCGAGCGCGCUCGAUUUUCGAGCGAGCCUUGGACGUGGACUCGACAUCCGUGGUGCUCUGGAUUCGCUACAUCGAAGCUGAAAUCAAGACGCGCAAUAUCAAUCAUGCCCGAAACCUGCUGGAUCGUGCCGUGACCAUUCUCCCGCGCGUGGACAAGCUGUGGUACAAGUACGUUUACAUGGAAGAGACCCUGGGUAACAUUCCUGGUACCCGACAGGUCUUUGAGCGAUGGAUGUCAUGGGAGCCUGAGGAGGGGGCCUGGAGCGCCUACAUCAAGUUGGAAAAGCGUUACAACGAAUUUGAGCGAGCACGUGCGAUUUUCCAGCGCUUUACCAUUGUUCAUCCCGAGCCCAGGAAUUGGAUCAAGUGGGCACGAUUUGAAGAGGAAUUUGGCACCAGUGAUCUGGUUCGCGAAGUGUAUGGACUGGCCAUUGAAACCCUGGGCGAAGACUUUAUGGACGAGAAGCUAUUCGUGGCCUAUGCGAAAUUCGAGGCAAAGCUGAAGGAGUACGAGCGUGCGCGGGCGAUCUACAAGUACGCCCUAGAUCGUCUUCCACGGUCCAAAUCGAUGACCUUGCACAAGGCCUACACCACAUUUGAAAAACAGUUUGGUGACCGAGACGGCGUGGAGGAUGUCAUUUUGUCCAAGCGUCGCGUCCAGUACGAAGAGCAACUCAAGGAAAACCCGCGGAACUACGAUAUCUGGUUUGAUUUCGCCCGACUUGAAGAGACCGCGGGCGAUCCUGAGCGUGUGCGUGAUAUCUACGAACGAGCCAUCGCACAAAUCCCUCCUUCCCAAGAAAAGCGACAUUGGCGCCGUUACAUUUAUCUCUGGAUUUUCUAUGCCAUUUGGGAAGAAAUGGAAGCCAAGGACAUGGAUCGCGCCCGGCAAAUCUACCAGGAAUGCAUCAAACUCAUUCCCCACAAGAAGUUCACGUUCGCCAAGGUGUGGCUGAUGAAAGCGCAGUUUGAGAUUCGACAGAUGGAGCUGCAAGCUGCGCGGAAGACGCUUGGCCAGGCCAUCGGCAUGUGUCCCAAGGACAAACUGUUCCGGGGCUAUAUUGACCUUGAGCGGCAAUUGUUCGAGUUUGUGCGAUGCCGCACCUUGUACGAGAAGCAGAUCGAGUGGAAUUCAUCCAAUAGCCAGGCUUGGAUUCAGUACGCGGAGCUUGAACGCGGCCUGGACGAUUUGGAGCGGGCGCGAGCCCUCUAUGAGCUUGGAAUCGACCAGCCCACCCUCGAUAUGCCAGAGUUGGUAUGGAAAUCCUACAUCGACUUUGAAGAGUACGAGGGCGAGUACGACAGAGUGCGCGCCUUGUACGAACGUCUUCUCUCCAAGACGGACCACGUCAAAGUCUGGAUCAACUAUGCCCGAUUCGAAAUCAACAUACCCGAGGAUGAAGAAGAGGAAGGGGAAGAGGAGGAGGAAGCUCGCCCUGUCAGCGACGAAGCGAAGCGUCGGGCUCGGGCAGUCUUUGAGCGGGCGCACAAGGUCUUCAAAGACAAGGAGCUCAAGGAAGAGCGAGUGGAACUCCUCAAUGCCUGGCGCUCAUUCGAACAUACACACGGGACGCCCGAAGACAUCGAGAAGAUCGAAAAGCAGAUGCCCCGUCGGGUCAAGAAGCGCCGCAAGUUGGAGGACGACCGAUACGAGGAGUACAUGGACUAUGUGUUCCCCGCCGACGACAAGUCUGCCGCGAAUCUGUCUCGGCUGCUCCAACAAGCACACCAAUGGAAGCAACAGCAGGCCAACUUUGCGUCAUAG